AACUAUAGAUUUUCAGUACUGGCAGUGAAUAUCGGAGCGCAGCCUAAAGUGAAACAGGGUACCGUAAUACUCUGACAGCUCCAAGGAGGGCGAUAGCAUCGGUUGUUCGCAUGCAGUUCGCCACGUUGGAAGACGAAGGGUGGAUGCAUCUUGUCAAACCACGUAUACUGUUUCGUAUAAAAUAUCCAGCUGAAUACGCACAUCAAGAUGAGAGUCAAAGAGUUGCUGAAGACUGUCAACGUAGCAUGGUCCCCACCAGCUCAAUAUCCCAUCAUGCUGGCUGCGGGGACGGCUGCGCAACAAUUGGAUGCAAGUUUCAGCACUUCCGCCAGCUUGGAUUUGUACUCGCUGAAUCUACAACAACCAGGAUACGAUAUGGAAUUGCAAGCUAGCGUUCCUAGUGACCACAGGUUUCACAAAAUUAUUUGGGGAUCCUAUGGGAAUAAUCCGGCAGGCAUUAUUGUCGGUGGCUGCGAGGAUGGAACCAUAAAAAUAUAUUCUGCUGCAAAACUGUUAGCCAGGGAUAGUAAUUGCUUGAUAAGUAGUCCUCACAGACACAGUGGUUCUGUUAGAGCAAUGGAUUUUAAUCCCUUCCGAGAGGAUAAUCAAUUAGCCACAGGUGCGACCGAGAGCGAGAUUUAUAUUUGGGAUAUUAAUACGAACGUGCCGACGCCUCUUUCUCCUAGAAGUCAUUCGUCGGAGGAUGUUCAGCACAUCGCCUGGAACAAACAAGCACACUUGAAGGAUAUUCUUGCUUCCACAUUCUCGCAAUGCUGCGUCAUAUGGAAUGUGAAAGAAAAGAAGCCCAUAUUUAAACUGACAGACGCAAACUCAAAGGUGCGCUGGAAAGUGGCCCAAUGGCACCCAGAUGUCGGAACGCAAUUGUGUUUAGCAUCCGAGGACGAUCAAACACCCAUCAUCGAGUUGUGGGAUGUGAGGGUUCCGACAUCACCCUUGAAAAUGCUACAGGGUCACGAACGCGGUGUUCUCUCGAUUGCAUGGAAUCCGCAUGAUUCCGAUCUACUUUUGAGUUGUGCUAAAGAUAACAGAAUCUUAUGUUGGAAUCCAAACUCGAACGCACCGAAUGGUGAGGUGAUAUGUGAAUUAGCCCAGACAACUCAAUGGAACUUCGAUGUCUCCUGGUGCCCAAGACACCCGGGAUUAAUUGUUGGCAGUAGUUUCGAUGGUCAUGCCGUUGUCUAUUCAUUAUUAGGUGGACAGCAGCAAGAAACGUCCAACAAACUGAUCGAUUCAUUCCCAGGAAUAGAUCCUUUCACUCAGCUUCCAUCCACCGUUCAAACAGGAACUACAGCAGUAUUGACGAAAGCGCCUAAAUGGUUGAAAAGGCCAUUUGGCGCAUCAUUUGGAUUUGGCGGUAAAUUAGUGAUUUUCGAGAACCAACCUGUUGAUCCAAAUAUAUCGAACAGGACAGCGACCUCAAGCAGAAAAGUUGUUAUAUCGCAAGUAAUAACGCAGCCGAACCUCAUUCAACGUUCCAACAAACUGAAGGCGACGUUGGAGACCGAACAGUACAGCGAGUUCUGCAAGGAGAAGAUGGACAGGUCUUCGGAUGAACAUACCAAGAAGAUCUGGAGCUGUGUACGCGCUUACUUUGCCGAAGAUGUGACGAAGAGCAUACUGGAACUGUUGGGCUACAAUAUCGAGGCAAUGAACAACAGAUUAAAUCAAUAUAUACCUCAAGACGACAUAAGCAAUAUUAUAGAAGGAGUUUCCAAUCUCAAUAAUGUACUGAAUGGAAAUGUUAUGGAUGACGCUGCGGUAUUUGACAGCCUCGCGCAGGAGCAAAGCAAGCGGGCAGCAUCGACAAGCAAAUUCAUGGACACCAGUUAUGCCAUAAAUACCUCCAAUGAUGAGGAUGGUCUUAUCACGCAAGCUAUCCUCCUGGGAAAUAUCGAGGCCGCUGUAUCCUUGUGCUUUGCUAGCAAGAGGUACGCCGACGCGAUAAUCCUCGCAAUGGCCGCUGGCCCCGAGCUGCUGGCGACUACUCAGUACAGGUACUUCUCGGAACAUUCCGGCGCGUUAAAUUCCCUCAUCAAUUCGGUAGUUAGCGAAAAUUGGGCGGAAGUUGUGAAGAACAGUGACAUAAAGUGCUGGAAGGAAGCGCUGGUUGGUAUAUUUACGUAUUCCAGCCUGCAGGAACGAUCCGCUUUGUGCGAUAUGCUCGGUGACCGUUUGGUGGCGUGCGAAAAUCCUGCCCUUAAAAAACAGGCGCAGAUCUGUUACAUCUGCUCCGGCAACUUGAACAAGUUGAUCGAGGUGACCGAUACCGACAUUCAGGAAGUGGUGGAGCUGGUGGUAAUAAUGCAAAAGGCCUUGAAGUUUCAAGGCGUCAGGGAGAUUCAGAUAGAGGAUAAGAUCGCAACCGUGCUCUCGCAGUACGCCGAGAUGCUGGCGGCGGAAGGCGAUCUGGAAGCUGCCUUGAAUUACCUCGGAGACAGCAAGGAGCAGCGAGUCUCGAUGCUGAGGGAACGCCUCUGCAGGGCUCUCGGUUACAUACAAGAGCAGCGGCAGGCCGCGAAGUCGCAGAAUUAUUACUACGACCAGACGCGAAAAUUGUCGCACAGCUCGCAGAACGUGUACAACAAUCCGUUGCAGCCGUUGCAGCAACCCUUACCACAGACGACGCCCGUGCAGAACUGGAACACAACUCCGUUGAAGCAAGCCUACGGAGGUGCUGCGAAUCAAUUCGCCCAACCGCCUCAGCAGUACGGGAUGCCGCCUCCUCCUCAGCCUCAGGCACAGCCCGCGAUCUACGAUCAGUAUUCCACGUACAAUCAAGUGCCGGCAGGUCAGCCUCCUCCGCCACCGCCACCGACGACUGGCUCGAAUUUGGGUAGCUCGAGACCAUCCAGCGUCGGUCCGCAAUCAAGAUCGAAAUACUUGAUAGACCCGUCUGUGAAGUCCACCCCGUCGUACGGCCAGACUGGCUUCCCGCCGGCAAAUCCGUUGUACAACUCUCAACAAAUGGCGCCUGUCCCCGGCUACGCCCCGCAGAAUUCGUAUCAACCGCAAGUCCCAAUGCCGGGUAACGUUUAUCCCGGCAAUCAACAAUCGAGUUUCAUGAACGCUCCGAAGGAACCCGAGCCGUACAAAACGCUUCAGCCGAACGUGAUGCCGCCGUUGCAAAAUGUACCGCUGCAGAAUCCGCCGUUGCAAAACCCACCGCUGCAAAACGUGCCGCUGCAAAGUACAUCACAGCCUCAAAUCUACGAACCCAGAACUACCCAGCCUACUUCGCAGUCGCCGACGUACGGCAACGGAAAUAUGUACCAGUUCCCGCCGCAGUCGUCCGGAUGGAACGAUCCACCGAUCGGAAAAAGCGCCAAAGUGCAGCCGAAACCAGAAUUUCAGUCACAAAAUCCAAUUAUGCACCCAUUGCGAGGCGGCCAACCGGAAGCGAAUCCAUUACCUCAAGACAACUUUUAUCAGGAGCCUCAUGUACCUUAUAAUCCGCAAUAUGGACAAAGCAUGCCGAGUGCAGCGCCACUUAACAAACCAGUCGAACCGCUACAACCUGUCAUGCCUGCGAGAGUGGCUGAACCUGAAAAACCGAAAGCCCCCAUUCCCGAGCAGCAUGUACAUUUGAAAACGAUAUUUGAUGAGCUAAGGAAUCAGUGCUAUGAAAAUGCGAAGAAUCCACAAAUUAAAAAGAAGAUAGAAGAUGUGUCAAAGAAACUGGAAGUGCUUUACGACUGUCUUAGAGAAAAUAAGUUAUCGCAAAAUACUCUGCAAACGUUGCAUCAGAUAUCGCAGAUGAUUCAAGACGGCAAUUAUACAGCAGGAUUGGAUCUACAUACGCAAUUAGUGUCAGGACCAGAUUUUAGUCAAAUAGCUUCCUUCAUGCCUGGAAUUAAAGUAUUACUUCUAAGUGCCCUUCAAAUGAGCGUUUACAUCAGAUAGAGUACCCCAGAAGCGAAAUUGUUCAUACCUGUAAUCAUUAUGAAUUUUUGUAAUUCUACACGAUUUUAUUGAUUGAGUUAGAAGCUAACUCAGGUCCAGUAUAUAAUCAUGUGUAGUGCAUAAUUGUAUCCAUGAUUAAGAUUUUUAUGCAUCACUCAUACAUUUUUAUAUAUCUUGCUUAAAAAGUUGUAUUUUAAUGCAGAGUAUGAUAACUUUAUAUAAUAUAAUUUUGCCGGUUAGCAAGAUUUUAUUGUUAAAGGUGUAAGGAGAUAACGAGGUAUUUACGAAAAGGCGUCUGUAUAAAAGAUUUAAUGGCAAAUAUGCUAACAAAAGUUGGUUUUAACAAUUAUAUGUGUGUAUAUAUAUAUAUAUAUAUAUAUAUAUAUUACAAUAUUAAAAUUAAUUGAGAGAAUUAAGCGCCAGUGUUUUUAUAAAUGUUCAAAAUUUGUUUCCACUUUGUGCUCGACGUAUAUUACAGACGCUGUAUCCUUCUACUUGGUAUGCGAAAUGGGGUUUUGUAAUAAAUAAAAUCGCACGUUUUAUUAAUUGCA